ACCCAUCUUCACUAUAAAGUUGCUUAGUAACGAAAAGUAAUUUUCGCAUGCGCAAUGCACGCCUUGUAAUUAUAAUAUAUCAAGCUAAGCAAAGAAAGUAAAAAAAAAAAUCGAGUUCUGCUUACAUUCCCCAACAUUCUGUUUCUUUUUUGUUUAACGUAAAAAUAAGUUAAAACGCGUUAAAUUAAAAAAUGCCCGCGAUUAAUGAAAUUUUGUCCGUCGAAAAUCCUGUAUUCAGAAGUUACAUGUUUUAUGGCUCGGUUUUGGUUGUGAAGAUGUUGGUAAUGUCACUAUUAACUGCAAGGCAACGAAUUAAAAAUAAGGCGUUUGCUAACCCCGAAGAUGCCGAACUAAACAAAGUUAAAGUAAAAGUUCAUGAAGAUGUUGAAAGAGUUCGAAGAGCUCACUUGAACGACGUCGAGAACAUUUUGCCCUAUUUUUUGGUCAGCUUUGGAUAUUUACUGACUAAUCCUGCACCCUUUGUGGCGAUUUGGCUUUUUAGAGUAUAUACCGCAGCAAGAUUUGCGCACACCCUUGUCUACGCGGUCGCAGUAGUACCCCAACCCGCAAGAGGAAUAUCGUGGUUUGCAGGGUAUCUCAUCACCGGAUAUAUGGCGUUUAGGACAAUAACUUAUUUUGCUUAAGUACUACUUUUAAUUUUUUUUUUUUAUUACAAUAGUUAUUAGCUUCUUGUGGUGAAUUUUGUUAUAUUAUAUUAUUGGUAAACCUAAAAUAAAUAACUAAAUAAGUAAUGUUCCAA